AUGCGAAAACGCCGGGUCGUCUUCAAACCCUCCGCCAUGUCGCAACGCCACCACCCGCAAGCUUCUGACCCCGCCCAGGCGUCGCCGUCUGCCCGUCUGGACGAGCUGCUGUCUCCCCCUUCGCGCCUGCAGGAACUUAGCGACGACGACGACUUUGAAGACAUGGAGGAAGAUUCGCCACAGGGCGAGGUUGUGCCCGACCUUGUCGACCUCUCCAUCGAGCAAAAGGCUCCCGCUCUGUACUCGACUCUGCCGCCGUUGCUUGACCACCUGAAGACGAAAUCUUCGGAAGACCAGCGGGACACGGUGGAGAAGAUCCUGCCUUUCCAUGUCGAGAAUCCUUACAAAUUAAAGCUCAACUCGCACGGGAUCCCGCAUUUGCUCCGUCAAGAACAUCUUGAGUACGCUGUAGAUGGAUUGUCCGAUUAUCCAGCUCAAUUUGUUGCCAUGGACGCCAGCCGCCCCUGGAUUCCUUACUGGAGUCUCUUCGCAAUUGCCAUUCUGGGAGAAGAUACGUCCGAAUUCCGUGAAGGUGCUGUUCAGAUGUACCGGCCCCUUCAGAGCUCGACUGGCGGCUAUGGCGGAGGACACGGCCAAUCGCCCCAUGUCAUCGGAUCAUAUGCCAGUGUCCUCGCUCUCAUCAUCGUAGGGGGAGAAGAGGCCUACGACCUGACAGACCGCAAAGCCAUGUGGCACUUCCUUGGCCGUAUGAAGCAAAGUGAUGGCGGUUUCACCGUCGCCGAUGGGGGCGAGGAAGAUGUGCGUGGCGCAUAUUGUGCUAUGGUCAUCAUAUCCCUGCUCAAUCUCCCGAUCGAGCUACCUCAGGACGCACCUGCCCGUGCCGCCGGCCUUACGACUUUCACUGACCGGUUGCCCGAGUGGAUAUCGAGCUGCCAGACCUUUGAAGGUGGCAUCGGCGGUGCCCCCACCAAUGAGGCUCACGGCGCCUACGCUUUUUGCGCGCUGGCUUGCCUCUGCAUCUUAGGCGCACCAUUCGACGUGCUGAAUCGGACUCUUGACCUGCCUGCGCUGAUCCACUGGCUGUCGUCGCGACAGCAGGCGCCCGAGGGCGGUUUCGCCGGGCGCGCCAACAAGCUGGUUGAUGGCUGCUACAACCACUGGGUCGGCGGCUGCUGGGCAUUGGUAGAAGCGGCGCUGCAGGUCCCUGGAACGACGGACAGGAGUGUCGCGAACGGCUUGUGGAGCAGAGAAAGCAUGGUGCGGUACAUCCUGUGCGCAUGCCAGGGUAAGGGCGGCGGCUUGAGAGAUAAGCCCGGGAAACCCGUCGAUGGUUACCACAGCUGCUAUAACCUGUCCGGCCUCAGCGCCGGCCAGUACCACUACAGCUACGUUCCUCCCGGGACAUCCGUCGGCACUGCCUCUAUCAGUGACGGAAACAGCUUCUCGCCGCCGCUCAACGAUGGCUUUUAUUGGGCGGCCGAGGAUGCGUCACAGGACGGCGAACACAACCGCCGCGUCUGGGAUGAGGAGGAUCGUGUCGGUAAGAUUAACCCCGUCUACGUCCUGCCAUGGGGCAGGGCCGAGGCAGCGAGGAGAUACUUUGAGGAGAAGGCCGGCUUUUGA